UUAGAGCGCUGAACAGUUCCAUUGCUAGGGGACCACCUGAUCUCCUCCAGCCUGCGUCCCAUAUAAAGCCGGCAGCCGGAGUGCUGAGCACAGCUCCAGCGAUCGCCUGUCUGAGAGCCGCCGCCGCCAAGCCCGAGCGGGAGCCAGAGCUACAGCCGGGGCCGCCGCCACCGGUGCCGGCUCCGCGCUGCCGCCCGCCUGCCGCCCGCUGGGAGCUGUCCAGUGCUGAAACCCCGCGCAGACAGCCAAUCGCGCCCGGCUGGCCUCCUCCCCCCGACCAGGGCCCCUCGCAAGUGCCCCCGCCGAGUCCCACGCCAGUCGCACCAUGCCCCGCUCCUUCCUGGUAAAGAAGAUCAAAGGCGACGGCUUCCAGUGCAGCGGGGUGCCGGCCCCCACCUAUCACCCCUUGGAGACCGCCUACGUGCUGCCUGGAGCCCGGGGGCCUUCCGGGGACAACGGUUACGCUCAGCACUGCCUGCCCCCCAGCAGCUACGAUGCGGACCAGAAGCCAGGCCUGGAGCUGGCGCCGGCCGAGCCCGCGUACCCGCCGGCGGCCCCGGAAGAGUACAGCGACCCCGAGAGCCCUCAGUCCAGCCUGUCGGCGCGCUACUUCCGCGGGGAGGCGGCCGUGACCGACAGCUAUUCCAUGGACGCCUUCUUCAUCUCGGACGGGCGCUCGCGGCGGCGGCGCGGCGGGGACGCGGGCGGCGCGGGGGACGCCGGGAGCGGCGGGGGGCGCGCGGGGCGCGCGGGGACGCCGGCGGGCGGCGGGCACCGGCACGCGUGCGCCGAGUGCGGCAAGACGUACGCCACGUCGUCGAACCUGAGCCGCCACAAGCAGACGCACCGCAGCCUGGACAGCCAGCUGGCGCGCAAGUGCCCGACGUGCGGCAAGGCGUACGUGUCCAUGCCCGCGCUGGCCAUGCAUGUGCUCACGCACAACCUGCGCCACAAGUGCGGCGUGUGCGGCAAGGCCUUCUCGCGGCCCUGGCUGCUGCAGGGCCACAUGCGCUCGCACACCGGCGAGAAGCCGUUCGGCUGCGCGCACUGCGGCAAGGCCUUCGCCGACCGCUCCAACCUGCGCGCGCACAUGCAGACGCACUCGGCCUUCAAGCACUACCGCUGCCGCCAGUGCGACAAGAGCUUCGCGCUCAAGUCCUACCUCCACAAGCACUGCGAGGCCGCCUGCGUCAAGGGGGCCGAGCCACCCCCGCCGCCGCCGCCCGCCGGCCCCACCAGCUGAGCCUCCCAUCGCGCUCCCCGGUCCCCCAGCUGCGUCCCCCUGCCCACGGCCCUCCUGGGGACCGUGCUCCCAGACCAGAACUUUUCUCUCCGACCCCCAAGCCCAGAACUCGCUUCCGCCACUGUCUUCCCCAAGUACAU